AUGCCAAAACACGACGAGUCCAACGUUAGUGUGGAGCCAGAACCGUUAGAGACCGUGCGGACCUGGCUAGCUAGGCCUUGCCCUGAUAUCAAGGCAAAAAUAAGAGCGGAAGGUCUCGACGAUGCGAUCUUGGAAGAUGUGCCGCUUGAGGGCGUUUAUUUGGCAGACCAUAUAUCUGCCGACAGCCACAUCGUGGUAGAUCUGGCCGUGGUUAAACGGGAAAUCGCACGCGUGCACAACCACUUUGACUCUGUCCCGCUGCUGCUGGACAAGCUGACCUUGAUUGAGUCGAACGAAUAUACAACUGAUCCCGGAACCCCAACCCAGCGCAAGUACAGGAUGGUGCACCGCAUGUAUCUGUCGCGACACGCAAAAGCAAAACAGAACGGAAAAACCCCAAAACUUGUGCUUGAUUGGUAUCAAAGGAGUUCAGAUGAUAUGAACUUGUUAAUGAUGCAGAAUUGCUCAGAAUAA